CCCGCCGGGGCCGCGCGGUCGCUUGGUGUCCCGGGCCGGUGUGCGGGCGCCCGAGCGGCGGCUGGUUCGGACGAGCCUUACUCCUUGCAGCCGGCGGGCCCCGGGCAUCCCCGGCGCUGGCGGGAGCCGGCCGAGCUGGACGAAGGUGCCCCGCGCGCUCAGGAUACGCACCUGCUGGCGUCUCAGGCGCCCCGGACGGCGGGAGACUCCCCCGAGCUGCGCGCCCUGCUCCCGGCAAAGCUCACCUGCCCAGCUCCGGGAGCCCCAGAGCUGGCCUGUGCGGGGCCCCGGGCGCGCGCCAUGGCCCGCUGGUAAUGGACGGAGCGGAGAAGACUCGGCCCGGCCGCGUCCGUGUUCGUUCGAGGGUCUAAAGUCCCUGGAGGAUGACCUAGCACUUCCCAGCCCCACCGGCCUCCCGAGGGCCCCCGUGGACGCGCCUGCCCGCCCCAAAGCUCCGAGGUCGGGCGGCCCCCAAACUUGGGACGCUGCGCACGCCCGGCUGCCCGGGCUCUGGACCAGCCGCGCCUUUUGAACUUACGUUCAGUACAAUCGUUUCUUUUCCAAGAGGGUUUUCCUUUAUUAUUAUUUUUUCCUCUCUUUCUAAUUUUUUCGAUUUUGUUGACUUUAAAUUUUGGAGAAGGGAAUUUUGAGGCGGGACGGAGGUGGGGAGAAACAAAAGGAAGAACAGCUCCCCGUGAAGUUCACAAAGGGGAUAAGGGGCCGCCUGCCGGAGUCGGAGGCCUGGAGUUCAGGAUGGAGGUGGCGGACCCGCAGCAACUGGGUAUGUUUACAGAGGGCGAGCUGAUGUCGGUGGGGAUGGACACAUUCAUCCACCGGAUCGACUCCACCGAGGUCAUCUACCAGCCCCGCCGCAAGCGGGCCAAGCUCAUCGGAAAGUACCUGAUGGGGGACCUGCUGGGGGAGGGGUCGUACGGCAAGGUGAAGGAGGUGCUGGACUCGGAGACAUUGUGCAGAAGAGCCGUCAAAAUCCUCAAGAAGAAGAAGUUGCGGAGGAUCCCCAACGGGGAGGCCAACGUGAAGAAGGAGAUCCAGCUGCUGAGGAGGCUGCGGCACAGGAACGUCAUCCAGUUAGUGGAUGUGCUGUACAACGAGGAGAAGCAGAAGAUGUACAUGGUGAUGGAGUACUGUGUGUGUGGCAUGCAGGAGAUGCUGGACAGCGUGCCCGAGAAGCGCUUCCCUGUGUGCCAGGCCCAUGGGUACUUCUGCCAGCUGGUGGACGGCCUGGAGUACCUGCACAGCCAGGGCAUCGUGCACAAGGACAUCAAGCCCGGCAACCUGCUGCUCACCACUGGUGGCACGCUCAAGAUCUCUGACCUGGGUGUGGCUGAGGCACUGCACCCGUUUGCCGAGGAUGACACGUGCCGGACCAGCCAGGGCUCUCCAGCAUUCCAGCCACCUGAGAUUGCCAAUGGCCUGGACACCUUCUCUGGCUUCAAGGUUGACAUCUGGUCAGCGGGAGUCACGCUCUACAACAUCACAACAGGCCUGUACCCGUUCGAGGGCGACAACAUCUACAAGCUGUUUGAGAACAUCGGGAAGGGGGACUACACCAUCCCGGGGGACUGUGGGCCCCCACUCUCAGACCUGCUCAGAGGGAUGCUGGAGUAUGAGCCGGCCAAGCGGUUCUCCAUACAGCAGAUCCGGCAGCACAGCUGGUUCCGGAAGAAGCACCCACCAGCGGAGCAGCCGGUGCCCAUCCCACCCAGUGCGGACUGCAAGGACCGGUGGCGGGGCAUGACAGUGAUGCCCUACUUGGAGGACCUGCACGGCUGUGCCGACGAUGUGGACGACGAGCUCUUCGACAUUGAGGACGACGUCAUCUACACUCAGGACUUCACAGUGCCCGGUUCUGGAGGAGGAGGCUGGGCGGAGUACACAGAACCGGGUCCUUCCCAAGGCUGUGUGCGUGAAUGGCACCGACGCCACCCAGCUGAAUACCAGGUCGAGGGCAGAGCGCCGGGCCAGCGCCGCCUCCAACCCUGCCCGCAAGGCCUGCUCGGCCAGCAGCAAGAUACGCCGGCUGUCGGCCUGCAAACAGCAGUGAGGGUGGCUGCCCGCAGUCCGUCCCCAGGAGCCCGGCCAGGUCCUGCUCAGUCUUCCCGUCGACAGCUGGUCUGCUGCCCACCGCCCAGGAAGGCUGCCACAGCGCCCUCUGUGCUGACUCCUCCUCUGGAAGCCAGAGGGUCCUGGAGGGCUGUGGCUGGGGGACAGCAGGGACUGGGAUCUGGCCUGCCCUCGGUGGCCGGUGGACACGACCUCCUGCUGACUGCAAUCCUGUGCUGAGCCCCUUCCCCCAGCUAGGGGAGGAGGGAGAGGGCCCAGCGUGGCCCCAUGCCAGCCUUCGCCAUGCACUUUACGUUGAGACUACUGGUUCUCGUCCACCCCAACUCCUCUUUUUACUCUGCCACUGGUUAGCACCUCCCACACCUGGUGAUGUGUUCAUAUCAACCGCAGCAGCGGGAUGGGCAUGACGUGCAGGCCUGCCUACCCAGAUGCAUGCCCAUGCCCAAGGGAACCAGGUGGCCUCCUUGUGUUUGUUGUUUGGUUGGUUCCUUUCUAUUUUUAUUUUUUAAACAAAAAAUAAAACAGGUGGAUUUGAGCUGUGGUUGUGAGGGAUGUUUGGGAACUAUGGGUGGCAGCAUGCUGUCAGGGGAUCUGAGCCUGAGCCUGGGUCCCUUUGUGGGUCCCACAGUGGAGGGGCUGGCCGGGCUACCUGCUGGAGACCUGGGCCUCCUAGGCAUAUUUGCUUCUAGCCAUGCUGGAUCUCUCUGCUCUCAGCGGGAGCCCAGCCUCCCCAAAGCUCCCCAGGCCCCUCUGCUCAGCCCAGGGCCCACAGCUUCACAGCAUCGUGGCUAGAGGGUGCCUCAUCCCCUUCUCCCCACGACGUCUGCGCUCUCGGGUCCCCAGAAACAACCCAGAGCAAGCAAGAGUAUGCAGUAAAUGUUUAUAAUCAACCAGAAAACAAAACACAAACUCCAUCACUGGAUGGUACAGACUGCAGGAAGCUUCGGAAGGAGGGGCGGGGCAGGGCGACUCGGCCGCUGGCGAGGACUGCCCCAUAUUUUGGCAAUAAAUAAAGCUUGGGAAAC